AUUUUGUUACAGUCGUCAAUGCGAAGCGGAGCGUUAGCAGCGAUGGAGGCGGAGCCAGACCUCAGCACCUUCGAGAACAAGUCGGGGCUGGCCGAAGACAUGAAGUUCCUCGCGUCCAUGCCAGAACUAUGUGACGUCACGUUCCUCGUAGGAGACACCAGGGAGCCAGUGUGUGCUGUGAAGGCUGUGCUGGCUGCUAGGAGCAGAGUAUUCCAAAAAAUGCUAUACCAAGCUCCGAGUCCUCAAAGGAAGAAGGAGCCUGCCCCUCGGGAGAAUAAGCUGCGGCUAUUCCUAAAACGAUCUUCAGAACCUCUUCUUAAUCUUCAAAAUGCUGCACAACAGAGAUCCGCUUUCGCGCAGCAAUUGGCACCAAUACAAGAGCCAUCGUCGCAGCAGCAUCAGACGCUGAUCAUCGAGGAGUUUGAGCCUGAUGUGUUCCGUCAGCUCAUUGAAUACAUUCACACUGGGUGUGUUACUCUGCAGCCCAGGACCUUGCUUGGUGUGAUGAACGCCGCAGACUACUACGGUUUGGACGAGCUCCGCCGCGCCUGCGCUGGUUUUGUCCAGUGCUGCAUCACCGUGGACACAGUGUGCGCUUUGCUGGCCUCUGCUGAGCGUUAUAUACAGUAUAAGUGCACCAAGUCUUUGGUGCAGAAGGUUCUGGAGUUCGUGGACGAGCAUGGAAACGAAGUCCUCAACCUGGGCUCCUUCACCCUUCUGCCCCAACAUGUCGUGAGGCUGAUCCUCGCCAGGGACGAGCUUAGAGCCGAUGAGUUUACUAAAUUUCAGGCGGCCCUCAUGUGGAGCAAGAAGUACUGCGACACCGACCCCAACAUCAACCUGAAAGAAGUAAUAGGGAAUUUCCUCGAGUACAUACAAUUCCACAAGAUUCCGGCCAACGUGCUGAUGCGCGAGGUGCACCCGCUGGGUCUGGUGCCGUACUCCAUCAUCAUGAACGCGCUCGCUUAUCAGGCAGACCCGGCCAGCAUAGACCCAGGCAAGCUGUCCCCGGCGCGGGUCCGGCGCGCUGGACGUUCCAUGUCCGUGCAGUCUUCGCUCGACCCCUACGGUUCCAACACCACCCUAUCCUCCACCGGCUCGAGUGACGUCCCGUCGUCUGACUCUAGGCACAACUAA